AGCGCUCCGCGACAACUUGUAAGCAAAUCCACAUAGCGUCGUUUGCGUCGCUUCGUUAAUUAAUCUUUCGCGCAUCUGCUCAUCCGGCGAGUUUCUCGAGAUGCGGGAAAAUCCAAAAUUAGAGGAAGAAAAAAACAAGGCUGCAGGGAUUCCAGAAAGGAUCCGUGUCCUGAUCGAGAUCCCCUGCUGAUUCGCGCAUGCUCGAUAUAGCGAAAGAAUAGUCGCAACGAACCGAGUCGUAAUCAGCCCCUUACAUACGCUACACGCUAUUGUCUUUCUUCGGGAAAACAGUUCGUCUCUUGGUUUUUCGCGUGUUUCCGUGAAAGUUUGCAUUUAAAUGAGCGCCGAAUCGAGGACUCCGAAAGUGACGUGUACACUCCUGCGAGGAUAUCCCGGCGCUGAAGUGGUUUUAUUUUUGGAACAGUGAUUCGCGCGGAUAAUUAGAUCAGGAUCUUCUCUGCGCCAGAUGUGACGAUCGAUUUGAGAAUGACUAUUUUCAAUGAUACAACGUAUUACGAAGGCGACGAGGUAACGAUUUUCGCUUCGACAUUAGUCACCAAUACUCCCAAGCCUGUCAACGAUUUUUACCAACUGCCAAUUUACAUGCAAGUGCUGUCCGUGCUGAUUUGCGUGAUCGUCAUGGUCAUCGGAAUAAUCGGCAACUUGAUGGUGCUGAUAGUCAUACUAGGCGCGAAGGAUAUGCGAAACAGCACGAACAUAUUCCUCGUGAAUCUGAGCAUAGCCGAUCUCUGUCUGCUGCUGGUGUGCACACCAGCUAUUCUCGUCGAAGUCAAUGCCGGGCCCGAGGUCUGGGUGUUGGGUGAACACAUGUGCAAAGCCAUUCCGUUCAUCGAGUCGACGAUAGCCCACGCAUCCGUACUGACCAUACUGGCGAUAAGCUUCGAACGCUACUACGCCAUAUGCAAGCCCCUUCAAGCCAACUAUGUAUGCACGAAAUCCCGUGCGACCAUGAUCUGCAUCCUGGACUGGAUCAUCGCCGGUUUCUGCACCAGCCCUUUCCUCCUGAUGGUGACUUACAAGCUGGAGGUCGACGCCAGAGGUACGCUGGUGCCGAUAUGCGCCACAGAAGCCCUGGCGCAGUGGAGCAUCGUCUACAUAGCCACGACGAUCGGCGCCUUCUUCGUCGUCCCGGUGAUCGUCCUGGCGAUGCUGUACUCGGUGAUAGUCUAUCGGCUCGUCAAGCGAUCGGCCAUCAAGCACGAGAUGAAUCGUCACGCUUUGCAUAACCGGAAUCAGGUCAUCAGGAUGCUCUGCACCGUAAUCUCGGCCUUCUUCAUCUGUCUACUGCCCUUUCGAGCGAUGAUGAUCUGGGUGAUCGUCAGUCCUCUGGAGGAGUUGGCCAAUUUCGGGGCCGAGGGUUACUACUGCCUGCUCUACUUCUCCAGGAUCAUGUUCUAUCUGAACUCGGCGCUGAAUCCGAUUUUUUACGCGCUCAUGUCGACCAAGUUUAAGAAUGGAUUUUUGAAGAUCCUCAAGGCCGCGUUCUCGUAAACUUGAAUAAAUACGCGUGAAUGUGCUUGAUUGAACAUUUUUUUUUUUUUUUUUUUUGGCUUGUUUUUGUUUAUUUAUAUUCAACCUAUCUCGUUUUGUACUUGAUUGUAGGUAAAUACGAUCUACUGUGCAACGCUCAAUGAUGAAUGUAGUUAAUUGGUCGACUUAUUUCCAAUUGCGCAACAUUGAUUAUCCACUUUAAACUAUUUCAAUCGAGGUUCAAGUACAGCAAAUUGCUGCUUGCAAGCUCCGAUUUCACUGCUUCGGCAGCAGCAGAUCUAUAUAUAGGUAUAGUGGUUAAAAUUGUACGACUGCAAUUUUAUCAAUCAAAUUCUGUAAUACUUAUAUAUUUAUAUAUCGAUUAAUUUAAUCGAAUAAAGAUGAUUACGUGAUUUUACAUAGAUUUUAAAAGUUUCUCUUAAUACCUUUACAAGAGUUAGAUACACGCGCGAUAACGAUAUGCCAUUAUGUCAUCUCAUCGCGUGCCGAUGAAGGAAAACGGCUAUUCGAUAUGACUAUAAUAAUACCUGCGCAAAGUUGAAAACAAAGAAUCUCGCCUCGAAGAUAACACAUAGGGAAGGUUUUUCUGCUUAUUGUACACACACGCGUAGAGUGACGCAGUCAGUUAGAGCCUGGAAUUCAUACACGCGUUACACAGCAGAUUUGUCGUUCGUACUAAUAUAUGUUGACAAUGAUUACAAAACGCAGCUAUAUAACCGCCACUUAAUCGGAUCCGGUAUUCAGUUGGUUCUGUGAAUCAUAACUCUGCAGUAGUCGGAACAUUCGAAGAUGGAUCGUUGGAGGGGAAAAGUCGCUGUUAUCACUGGUGCAUCUGCCGGAAUCGGCUUGUCGAUCAGCGAGGCUCUCGUUCGCCAAGGGAUGAUCGUCGUGGGCCUUGCCAGAAGAAGGGACAAAAUGGAGAACGAAAUGAAGAACGUCACGGGCCCAGGCAAGUUUCACCCGUACGCCUGCGACGUUUCGAAAAAGAACGACGUUGCCAAAGCGUUCGAGCACAUAAAAAACACACUCGGAACGGUGCACGUACUCGUCAACAACGCCGGGAUCCUUAAGAUGCAAUCCAUCGAAGAUACUCCUAUUGAAGAGCUCGAGGAUAUCAUAAACAUCAAUCUCAUGGGAACCUUGUACUGCGCUAAAGAAGCUAUCAAAUUGAUGAAAGCUGCCGGCCACGAAGCUUACAUCAUAAACAUCAACAGCGUCGCCGGAAUGAAGACUCUGGAUCCCGAUCUUGUCCCCGGCGUAAAGAUGUACACGAACGUUUACUCUCCGUCAAAAUUCGCUAUGACGGCUUUGUCCGACAUUCUCACCAAAGAACUAAGGGAUGGCAAAAUUCGCGUGACGAACCUCAGUCCAGGAUACGUAAAAACCAACAUAGUAGGCGAUUUUACUAGUAACCUUGCCGAUAUGCCGAUAUUGAUGUCGAAAGACAUAGCUGACAUCAUCGUUUAUCUCAUCGGUUUGCCGAUGCAAGUGCAAAUAACUCAACUUACUGUACAGCCAUUAAACGAACGCUUCUGAUCUUCUUUGUCAUGUUAUUUGUCGUGUAUUUUAUUUAUUUCUUGUAUUAGUAAAGACAAUUUUUUUUCUUUUCGAAUUAUAGCUUGUCAGAGUAAUUGUGUUAUGCGUACAUACAAUAAGAUAUUAGCCGCAAAUACAAGUUUGAGUAUGCAAAUGUGCUUUACCAAUUGGUCUAAUAGAUGAUAAUAUGCUAUAAUUCUGAGUUCGGACAACGAUUUUGGAUCAUCUCGAUCGACGACACGAAACCGAUUUACAAAUCUUAAGGUAUAAGUUAUAUUCUCUGUAAUAUAUGUACGUGUUCUGCAGAAUGAUGAUUUUGGCUUGAAAAUAUUAUAACGAGACGGGAAUUUGCUUCGUCUCGUCGUGUAAAUGAGGAUAAAAAUAAAAUAUCGUGUCAUUCA